UUUAUAGAGAAACCUAUUUACAAAUCACAAUAAUAAACUAUGAAUACAUUAAACAUCAUAAAAAAAUACAGUAUAAAAUAACAUAAUAUAUAUAAGCCACAUAGAUGUUUUUACUACGGCGUCCUAUAAAUGUAAACAUUAGUAUGAGCUGCCUGUUGGUAUUUAUAACCGCUACAUGUAUUAUAUACAAAGAGUUUAGUUCGAGAAUCGGACUUUGGUCACACCACAAGAGAUAGGCCGAUUUGCGAGGCGUUUUGUGUUUGUGCUAAUAUAAACCAAAAUACAUUAAAUAUGAUACAUCUGACAGGCCAAAACUAUAAUGCGCGUGAUAUAAUAAAGAACAUAUUUUCGCCAUUAAUUGGCGUGCUGAGCAGCAAUUUGGCCGACGACAUAUGUCAUCGCAACAAUUUGUCCUUCGUGGAGCUGCUGCAGCCCUUUGCCAAGCUGCCAAAUGAUGCUCAUUUUCGGGAUGUGUCCGGAACAAGUGUCUCUGUGCGUGGCCUGCGGCUUAAUUUCUGUGACGUGGACUGGCGCCCACCACAAACUGUGCUGGCUCGCAAAAUGCUCAACGAGUCUGUGACGAAUGCGCACAAUGAAAAAACAAAAGUUGCUACAAUCGCUGGUAUCGAUUUGGAGGUGCCCACAGCGGAGCCCUGGUUUGAGCAAUGGCGUGAAACCUUUCUGACCGUACAGUUUCCAGCGGAACACGAGUUUACUCGCCAUUUGUUGAGCUGUUUGCUUGUGCUGUCCAGCGCCGAUCCACAGAUUGUUGAGACUGCCCAGAAGCUUACGCAGCGUGUCCAGCAAAUGCAAAACAUAACUCCACAAAAGCUGCCUAAAUGGUUCCAGCCCACGGAGGUGCUCAACAGCUAUGUGGUGCUGCACGAAGCUAGUCAAGGAGAUCUGUCAAGAGCACAGCAAGGAUUUGAGCUGCUCAAGUCAACAUUUGGUAAUAAUAAAUGCUUCUUGGUGUCGGUUAAUUCGAUGGAAGGGAAUACUGCCAAUGGUAUACCCGACUAUUGGACGAACUACAUUAAACGACAGCCAAAAACUGACCAAAUGACGUCCAGCGAGCUCAGUGCACCCAAAUCCCCACAAGAUACCGUCUCGGUGAUCAGCAUGCCAAUGCAAAUGUCUCAGUUAAUCGAUAGUCAGGUUGCGCAAGAGAACGACUUGACCAUGCUGCAUCCGCUGAGUCCCAUGCAAGAAAGUGCCACAGAGGCCAUCAACUCGAAGUUCAGUAUCAGCACCGAAAGCAUCGCAUCUCAGACAAUCAAUCCGAAUGUCUGGGCCAAUGAAGUCGAUGCAGAUGCUCCACAUGGCAGCUGUCUGGCUGCACGCGAUAUUGAUAAUCUCCGUCACUUUGUUCAGGAUUAUGCGGUGCGCGCUUUGAUACCAUACAUCGAGCACCUGGUGGUCACACUCAGCGAGGGUGUUACCAAUAAAAAGGGUGUUAGCAAAUCGCUUCUGAGCGCCACUAAACGUUGGUUCGUCACCAGCAAGCCCGGCGCUGGUGCCAACAAUCAAAAUGCGGUCAUUUAUACGAACGAAUCAGCGGAGCUGCAAACGCGCAAACUGGGCGAUCUUUACUUCAUGUUUGGCCAUUAUAAUCUGGCCUUUCAGUCGUACCAUCAGGCCAAGCGGGACUUCAAUGCUGAUUCCGCCUGGCAGUACUAUGCGGGCGCUUUGGAAAUGGCAGCACUGUCAGCUUUUAUGCUGGGCACAUCGCAUCGCAAGACGUACGACUACAUGGAGGAUGCCAUCGUUAGCUACUUGACUGUGUGCAAACUUCAACAAUUUGCUACACGAGCCACUCUCUUAAGCAUGGAAUGUUUGAAGACAGCACGUCAGUAUGGUGAGGUGGCCAAGCAGCUGAUACGCAUGACCAGUGAAGAAUCGGAUCUGCGUUCCGCCUUGCUGCUCGAGCAGGCUGCCUAUUGCUUCCUGGUUACACAGCCGCCAAUGCAUCGCAAGUAUGCUUUUCACAUUGUGCUUGCUGGCAAUCGUUAUUCUCGGGCGGGGCAACGCAAGCACGCGUAUCGCUGCUAUCGUCAGGCCUAUCAGGUGUUCCAGCAGCGUCAAUGGAGCCUGGCCGAGGAUCACAUACAAUACACCGUGGCUAAGCAGGCGUAUAUGCUGAAACAGCUGGAGGAGGCGAGUCGUUCCUUCGCUCAUUUGUUGCGCCCGGGCAGCCUGCAGAGUGCACAGCAGCAAAGUAGUUUUCUAAAGGAGUACAUACAAACUCAGAAUGAGCUACUCAAGCGUAGUCCAGACUUGGGUCUCUUGCCACACGCAUUGCCACAAGUGGUGCAAUCGUCGGUGCGUGUGUUGACGCUUGUGCAGCCGCCCAGCGUUCAGCCACCACAAGUGCCAGCUAGCAAUAUAGAUAUUAACUCAAAUAUGACUGCAGAUGAAUCUAUUUGGCAUAAGAUUGAGGAAAUGUUGGUUAUCACUGCCGCAUCCAAUAAGCCAUUUGUGUUUAAACCUUCACGUUAUUUAUUCACCAAACAGCAACCGGCCACAGAAUCUCCGCUUGCCGUUCAAGGUGAACCCAUAGAGCUAGCUGUGACUUUGUCAAACAGUGUUCGUUGUGCUAUUACCUUGUCGGACAUUGAUCUGCUCUGGCGUUUAACAUUGGACAACGAGGAGGUACUCUCCAAUGUCUGCGUAUACGAACAGUCGUCAGACAGCGCCAGUAAAGCGGCUGUUAGUGCGGCCAUUAAGACAAGCUGUCUGUCAGCCUUGGAGCUGGCUGAACAGGCAAAACAAAUGUUGCACUUUAAGCUUACACCCAAGCUUACCGGACGUCUAUCCAUACUGGGCGUGGUCUGCCGUGUGGCAUCCAAGGCGGAUCCAGCGGCCAGUUUGUUGGGCCUUUUGCAGUUUGAAUCACAACGUAUUAAGCCCUCAAUGGCUAAGCAAUCUUCACAGACGCUGCUGGACAACAGGCUGAGCAUUAAAUUAGUGCCACAGGUGCCAGCAUUGAGCGUCAGCUUUAGUCCUGUGCCCAACGAGUUGCUGGCUGGCGAAAUUGUACCCGUUUCAAUAACGCUGCGUAAUUUGGGCAUCGCACCGAUCGAGGAAAUCUAUUUGGGCUGCGAUAAUCCACGUUGCAUAACCCUACUCGAACAUCAAAAUUCCGAAAUGCCUCUAACUAUACUCAGCUCACUGCGAAACCUCUCGAACGACAAAUUAGUCAAGGACAAAGAAAUAAGACGUCAACGCGUUUUUCGUUUGUUGCAGCGAACUGGUCAAGCUGCUCUAGAGGCACAACAGGGGCAUACAAUAUCCAUGUGGCUGCAAGCACCGCAGACAGCUGGCAGCUUUACGCUACGUCUGCUCUUCUACUAUGCGCUGCCUAGCUCUGUAAAUGCACACAUUAAAUAUCGUCUGGUUCGUCAUAUUUGGCAGGUGCAGGUGCAGAGUUGUCUUCAAGCGGAGGCCACCUGCGUGAUCAGCAAUGCUGUUAAUCGCGAACUCGGUCUAGAUGUCAGCUUGAAGAAUGUGAAUGCGACGCAAUCAACAGAAGUGUAUAUUAACUCGUUAUCCUUGUACUCUAGGGAUUUUUCGUUGAAGCCACAAAAUUUGUAUAUCAUGAACAAUAUGGAAUUGAGCGCUGGCCAAGCUGGUGCCCAAUGUCUAAAAUCGACAAAAUGUUGCAGUUUUCAGUGUCGCCUCCAGGGAAAAGAUGAAGAGCAAUUGGAAGACAAGCCAGCGCUGAAAACCCUACUGCAAAAGCGUUUGUCACGCUUAGAUAUUAUGCCUGCACAGCAUGUAAAGCAAUUGGAGCAGCAUACGCCUCAGCUGCAUGAAGCGCACAGCUUUCUUGCAAACGAGGAAACAUGUUACUUCAAUACAAACAUAAGCACGGAGGAGUUCAAUGCCAGCAUUGCUAACUAUGACCCUCAUGCCACCAUCGCACUCAACUGGAGUGCUCUAGUGAAAAAAGAUGAUGUGCAGCGUAUAGCCUGUGGCCUGCACUUUAUUAAGCUGUAUAAUCUCUACGAGACUGGCAGCUGUCCUAGCACUGGCGACGCAUCGUUUAGACGCCGCCUGUCCGUAGGCGAGACACAUCACAGGCGUGAAUUCCACAUACCUGAUGAUAGUGGCUUAGAAGCCGCUAGCGAACCAUUAGCGGAUGAUGACAUGGCCGACUUCUGGGAACCGAAUGAACAGUACGUGGCUCAGCGCUGUCUGCUCGAGGAUGAGACAUUUGUGCUAUCAGCCAGAGCCUAAGUUAACUUUAUACGUUCCACAUAUUGUGUCUUUUUGCAUGUGAUUAUACAGAUCUAUAUAGCUAAUAAAUUGAUUGUUAAUCUACAUGAGUUAAUACAAUUAAUACAAUAAUACAAGUA